CACAAAUCACGACCGACUGUCCACCAAUACACGCCUUGAGCGAAUACGCCACACGAGCCGAUAUCACAAGCGGACUACCUGCGCCGACCAGGAGGCUGUGCAACCAGCGGACUCGAGGCCCGGAACAAGCUGCAGGCCUGCAGAAGACGAGGGCACCUGCGCUUACCCUCACUGUUUGGAACGGGAAGAGAAAGGAGAAGAAGGACUCUCGGUCGAACACGCUAGACACUCGCUCCAACUGUUUGACCCAGGCCUUCAUUCGACCUUUGUGCGUCCAACAAUGCGAAAAGUGUAGGACUGCGCUGGUCGUUUCCUCGCCAGGCAGGCCAAAUAAGACAUCCGCCUAUAUACAAGACAAUUCUCCGCGUCUCGCACCCUGUAGACUCUACUUCUUCCGCUCUCUUCUGCUGCCUGCACCUACGGCACACUCACAGGCCUCAUUCACCGACACCGACUCAACCACAUCUUCUACCACGCUCGAGCCAUUGGAGAGAGAGGGAGAGAUAAGAGAGAGAGAAAGAAAGAAAGAGACAGGGAGAGAAAAGAGUCACGAGAAAAAGAAGAAACAGAUCAUCACGGGCCACCAUGCAGCAGUCUGUGGGAUCGCGCAAACGCCAAGCGCCAGGCACCUCGCCGUUGGCACAGCAGCAGUCCAUGACCCCACAGAACUCCUACUACCAGCAGCCCGUGCCCGAGAACACUGCCGACUUCAACAAUGCCAACUUUGACUUCUCCACCAGCUUUGCCGACUCCUCUUUCGCUCCUCCAGCACUCGACGAGAACAAUCAGUUUGCGGCAACCUUCGACAGCGCCCAGCCACAGACACUGACCGCGUCUGCGCCGUCCACCGAUCUGGUAAGGCGCGCGAAGAAUCAGCUGGCGACGGCAGGCGGUGGAAAUCAGAUCAGCGGCGCCCAUCAAGAGGGCUGGAAUGGCACUGGGUACAACAACAUGACGGGCAAUGGCCAAGAGGAGAGCGAGACGGAGCUGGAGGCCAAAGUUGCUUUAGCUAAAAGGGAAGCUUCGGGAAAGAGAAAGCAGAUACCGCCGUUUGUGAUGAAGCUGAGCAGCUUUCUAAACAAGGAGGACAACGCCGAUAAGAUCAAGUGGUCUGAGGACGGCAGAUCAUUCAUAGUACUCGACGAGGACGAAUUCGCUCGAACCCUCAUUCCCGAACUGUUCAAGCACAACAAUUACGCUUCUUUCGUGCGCCAGCUCAACAUGUACGGUUUUCACAAGAGAGUCGACAUCGCAGAUGGUUCGCUACGUCAGUCCGAAUCAGCACGCAAGGGUCAGAAGCCGCCCAGCAUGUACUCGCAUCCAUAUUUUCGUCGCAACCGCCCCGACUUGCUGUGGCUCAUUCAAAAGCCCACAGGCAAGUCUAAUGCCAAGCGGAAACGCGAUGGCACACUCAAAGGCGACGGCGACAGUGAUGAUGAGCGGCAAUACUCGCCAGGACCUGAUGGAAGGCCUUUGGGUGAGCUAGGCAACCUGGGCGCUAACGGCCUCGCACAGAUGCCUCGAACAGAGAUGGCGGCCGUUCGAACAGAGCUCAAGAAGCUUCAGCAGCAGCAAAGCAUGAUCUCACGAAUGAUUAGCCAGCUGAAGGAGCAAAACGAGCACUUUUACCGGCAAGCUACAGCGUUCCAGCAGCUGCAUGACCGGCAUGAAAACUCCAUCAAUGCGAUCCUGACCUUUCUCGCCACCUUCUACAACAGGAGUCUUGAAGGUUCUGGUGGGCAGAAUGCGGUCAACAUGUUUGGCAACCAGACACAGAAUGGGCAGCAACAACAGCAAGGUAGUGUUGUUGAGGAGUUCACCGAUGGAAUGACUGAUGCGAACAACCAGCAGCUGCAGCGCUAUAAUAAGCGACCGCAAUUACUCCUGGGGGCUCCGAAUGUGCUGAAUAAUGAUGCUGCAACACCCAGCUCUGCCAGACCGUCUGCUAGCCCACCAGAAAGCAAUUCACCUCAGAAGCGCGACAGUGUAAGCACCCUGCAGGCCGAAAGCGCGAUCCCUGGUCGAGGAGUAUCGACGGCCAGUCCAAUCGUCAAGGACGAUGCCGACACACCAAACUAUCUUCACUCAGUGCCUGACAAUAACCAGGUCAUGAGUUACAUCAAUAAUGCCAAUGCUACGAGUGCUUCCAGCGAAAAUACGCCUGCAUUCGAUAUCUCUGCCCUGGGCGACUACUCAAACGCCGCUGGUGGCCUCACGCCGCAGCAGAGAAGCAACAUGCUCGCCAUGAUUAACCAGCACGGUGGCGGGGCACCAAAUGAGAACAACGCACUCAUCUCGCCCAAUGCACCCAACAUGCAACAUCAUAUGGAUCACAUCAAACAGAACAGGGAGCAGAUCGAAGCCUUGACUGCCAUGCAAGCAUCGAACAACGAAUCCAUCCAGAACAUUCAGGAUCGCAUCGGACAGUUCUCACCUGGCGCCACCUUCAGCGGAGACGACACCAAUAACAACAUACCCGACUAUAUUAUGGAUGAAUUGCUGCAGGGUGCAGUCAAUGAUAGUGAUUUCAACGAUUUCGAUAACAACUUUGACUUUCAAGCUGCUGCAGAACAGACCAAUCCGGACUGGAACGAUGACUAUUUCGGCGAAGUAGGAGAUACUGGAGCUGACAUGUUCAAAGCUGCUGCUGGCGCUGUCAAAGAAGCCGAGAUUCGCAAAACGGUCGACAACACAGGUCAAAAUCAUCUUACGCCGCAGGGAGUGGGCACGGUGGAGAGUGUGCAAAGUAGCGAAGCUCCUAGCCCUGCGGCACCCGAGGGUAAUGGGAAAGGAGCGGAUACGGAGGGUGAAGAGGUGUCUGAACAGCAGAAGACAUCAAAUAAGCGCAGGGAAGAAUGAAAGUAAUGAUGAUGACGAAUUACAUGAUACAAGAGAAUUGGCCUACUCCUUGUUUGAGUGAGCCUGUAUCGUCUUUCUCUUGAUACCUGGUACCUACCUACCUACCUAAGGUACCUACCUAUCGCAACUUCAAUCCCUCACCCCCGCUGCUUCCGUCCUACAUCCUACAUAGGUACCUACCUUAUCUAGGUACUUUUUACGAUGAAAUGAACUUUUUAAUUAU